AUGCCGACCGCCUAUCCUCAUCCACAAAAACACCUUGGUCACGCCGUCAACUACCUCACCGGCAACCAUGAAUAUGAUAUUCCUAAAGAAACCGUUGACGGAGAGAUUGCUCAACUCCGUGAACGCCUAGAGAGCAAGCCAUCUUUCAAUCCCAACCUUACUUUUGAUCCUGAAAAACACCUGAUCAAAGACCCAAGCGCCAAGGUUCUCUCGCUUGACGACUUGAAGAUCAAGAAAACCCGUGCUGCGCCAGUAUGCGACUUUGCCGCUACAUAUCCGUUUCCCCUGCUGACGCAGGAGGCUGUGGAUAUGGUGCUCUGGGAGGCUUUGCGUCCGGAAAUUGUUGAAAAAUACGGCCGUCUUCCUAACCUCGCCAAAAGUGCUACCCGUCUCGAUUUCCACGUUGGCGGCCACUGCAGUCGCUGGGCUCCAUUUACACAGGCCCUAUGGAACAGCUCUGAGCUGAGAGAAAUCCUCGAAAGCUUCACAAAAGUGAAAAUGAAGCCGUUAUUUAGUGCGGGUCAUUUUAAUUUCUCACUAGCAGAAAAGGACGCAACAGAGCCUCCAAGAGAAGAACUUCUCAAGAAAUAUAGCGAGCAGAGCAACGGCGACGACGUGCCAUCAUCUCUUGGAAUGCAUUACGACUCGUCGACAUUUGCUCUUGUUAUUAUGGCUGAGCUGGACGAGAAUGCUAUUGGCGGCGAGACGGGCAUUGUCACAGGCGACAACAAGUUUGUGCGCGUGCCAGACCCAAAGGUGGGCUCUGCAACGCUGAUCCAGGGCAUGGUGCUCAAACAUGUGGCCACUAAACCGGUCUCAAAUUCCAACCGUGUGACUGCCGUUGCUGGCUUCUGCGUGGCAGGCCCUGAAAAGCUGGAUAACAGUCUUUUGACCAGUGUGAAGCCAUCAAUUCUCCCUCGUCAAAACUACAACGAGUUCUACAAUGACUGGGUGCAGUUCCGGCUCACAAACCUGGCUGAGCACAUUUUGCACUACCGUGAGCAGCUCAAGACCGGCGAGCAGUUUGACCAGAGAGAUUUUAUUGCGCACUGUCAGGAAAUGGAGUCGUACCUGCACAAGUGCUGGGACGAGAUGGAGGCUCAUUACAACCCUCCAUAUCCACCAAAAGAGUUUCACAUCUCUUAUGAUGAACUAUGA